AUGGCUAUGUUCAGAGAAAAGUCACGUCUUAUUAACCUUAGGCUUGAAUUUGUCCAGUUUCUACGCCAAGCUGACGAAAUACUUUUCUGGAUACGUGAAAAAGAAACUUACACAACAUCAGAGGAUUUCGGCCAGGACUUGGAACAUGUUCAGACACCUCAAAAAAGGUUUGAUGAGUUUACAAGGGAUCUUGAGUAUCAAGAAAGUCGUGCCGAAGACAUCUAUCGGAAGGGUGAUGAACUUCAAAAAGAGGAAUUUCCUGAGGAUGCCCUAGUCAUAAGAAAGUCCAGAGAGGUCCGCGAAGCUCUAAAGCGUCUGAAGGAUCUGGCUAAGAAACGAAAAGAAAAGCUUCUGGAAGCCUAUGAGAUACAGCGCUUCUUUAGAGACACAGAUAAAGCUAUAUCGUGGGUGAAUGAAAGGUCCAUUUCUUUAUCCAUUGAGGACUGUGGUCAUGAUCUUGCCUCAGUCCAAGCUUUACAAAGGAAGCAAAAAGCAUUAGAAAGGGAUUUGACUGCCCUAGCUGAAAAGAUUGUUCGACUUGAAGAUGAUACUAUGGCGCUUGCACAGAAGCAUCCUGAGUCGCAAGACACCAUACGAGGCAAGUACGACGCUUUAAUUACUACAUGGGCGAAGCUGUAA